UUUCAAAGCGUUUUGUGAGAGUUGAACUGUGGUUGGGAUCUCCAGUUCGUUCGCGUCCUAUCUGCCAAAGCCGGGCUCUCUUACCGCUGUAGAGACCUGGGCUUGGAUUCGAGUUGUGCAAAGAACGCUUGUCCCGAGAAUCCAGACCAUAUUUCGGGGAAAUCGAAGAACUUGGUCACAAUCUGUCUCGAUUCCAUCCGGCAGCGAGUUCCGUCCGAUGUCCGGUGAAGGAAUAAUGUCGAGGAACCAUGGGACGCCGUCCGGCGAGAUGUUAUCGUUACUGUAAGAACAAGCCCUACCCCAAGUCCCGUUUCUGUCGUGGUGUCCCCGACCCGAAGAUCCGGAUCUACGACCUGGGUAGGAAGAAGGCCCGCGUCGACGAGUUCCCGCUCUGCGUGCAUCUCGUGUCGAGAGAAUUCGAACAGCUCUCUUCCGAAGCUCUCGAAGCCGCUCGUAUCUGCGCCAACAAGUACCUCGUGAAGACCUGCGGUAAAGACGCCUUCCAUCUGCGUGUUCGUCUCCAUCCCUUCCACGUCCUGCGAAUCAACAAAAUGUUAUCGUGUGCCGGAGCUGAUAGGCUCCAGACUGGAAUGCGAGGAGCUUUCGGUAAACCUCAAGGAACCGUGGCCCGUGUCCGCAUCGGACAGAUCAUCAUGUCCGUUCGCGCGAAGGAACAGCACCGCGAAAACGUCGUCGAGGCUCUCCGUCGUGCCAAGUUCAAGUUCCCCGGUCGCCAGAGAGUGUACGUCAGCCGCAAAUGGGGUUUCACGAAAUGGGACCAGGAAGAUUACGAAGUCAUGCGUCAAGAUGGUCGUCUGAAGCCCGACGGUGUCAUUUGCCAGUACAAGAACGGUCACGGACCAUUCGAGAAGUGGUGCCAGAUCCAACGAGAACUCAAGGCGGUCUAAAUGGUCGAGGGAACUUUGAAUAAAUGUCGCCUUGACUGGAA